AUGACUCAAGACACAGAAGCAAGACCUUUGAACAUUCUCAUUGUUGGAGCAGGCAUUGGUGGUUUAACCGCUGCGCUUGGUCUCCGUCAACAAGGACACAAAGUAACGCUAUUCGAGAGAUCGCAACUGGCACGAGAAGUUGGUGCUGCUAUUCACGUGGCCCCUAAUAGUCAUGGACUUCUGAAGCGAUUUGGUGUUUAUCCCGAGACUUUUGGCGCGAAUCGCGUUGAAGGCGUCACUGAGUAUACGCAUGAUGGACAUCUCAAGUUUGAUAACCACCUCAAGGGACCACUCUCAGUUUGGGAGCAUCCAUGGGUUCUUGCGCAUCGCGUCAGUCUACACGAGAACCUCAAGAAUCAGGCAACCUCUACCGAAGGCCCAGGAACACCAGCUAUUCUCAAGACCUCCAGCCCUGUCGUUGAUGUUGAUCCCUCAACGGCGACCAUCAAGUUCGAGGAUGGCACAACAGUGUCUGGGGAUUUGGUUCUUGGAGCCGACGGCGUCAGCUCGAUAACGCGAUCAAUCGUUACUGGCACAGAUAUCAAGCCUUAUGGCUCUGGAAAGAGCGCUUUCAGAUUCAUGAUUCCCCAUUCCAAAUAUCUCAACGACGAAACGACCAGGCCUUUCGCCGAGCGCACAGGUACAAUGACGAUGUGGAUGGGUGAUGACCGAAGAAUCAUCAUGUAUCCUUGCUCCAACAACACCGUCAUGAACUUUGUUGCCAUUCACCCAAGCAGUAUCACCUCCGGGGCAAAUAAGGGAUCUGGCUGGGGACAGGGCGGCAGUAAGGAGCUUCUUCUUGAAGUCUAUAAGGACUUUGAGCCGAGGGUCCGCGCUAUUCUCAGCCUGGUUGAUGCCAGUGAUUUGAAGCUUUGGACUCUGCUGGACAUGGACCGUAUUCCAACAUGGCAUAAAGAUCGACUUGUCUUGCUUGGAGACGCGGCCCACCCAUUCUUACCCCAUCAAGGACAGGGUGGCGGUAUUGCCAUUGAGGACGCAGCAUCCCUGGUGGCCCUACUACCGUACGGUACAACAGCCGACGAUAUUCCCAGUCGCCUUUCUCUGUACGAGAAGAUCAGAGACGAGAGAGCUCAUACGGUGCAGCUCUUCACCAGGCAAGCAGGCGAGGAUCUUGACGAGGAGACCCGUGUCAAGUUCAACAUCUUCAAAUUCCUUAACUACAACUUCGGUCAUGAUGAGUGGUACAACACCAAGAAGGCUCUCAGAGAUCAUCUCUGGUCUCAGAACAAGAACCUCCACUGGAAGUCUCCUGUAUCAUUCGGCCCCAUGCCCAGUCCUCGACAAGAUUACCACGGACAACGAUAUAACGGCGAUGACUCUUCGUUCACUACUUGGUCGGUCCGUUUCAAGUCUUCUGCUACAUACCUCAGGACUCUCUUCCCCACAGACCGGUUCAGUUUCUACAAGCCCGGCACUGUCGCUGAAGCAACAUACUCCUGCACUGAGUUGAAAGACAUGAAGUGGCUUGGCGGGGGAGGUUACAAGUUCUUUGGUCUUUGGAUUCACGGUGUUCAGUAUGAGAAGAAGGACGGCAGCAAGAUCUAUGGGUCUUUCCUCGCUGUUCUUCUGGAGAAUCUUGCUGAUCCUAUCGUCACCGGUCGUGAGGAGCUUGGUAUGCCGAAGCUCUUUUGCGAUAUCGAUGUUGUGGAGAAGGGAACCAACACUAGCAUUCGUUGUAGUUGGCGAGGAGCAGAGUUCGUCGAUAUCACACUCAAGGGUCUUGGUGAGGCUACCAACGGACAUGCAAAUGGUGUCAACGGCACAAAUGGCCAUCCCGCAUCUGUUGGCCCCCCUGGUGCUCCUCCACUGCCAGAGGAGCAAGGACUCUUGGUAUACCGAUAUGUGCCUGCAGUCGGCCAGCCCGGUGUUGCUGAUGCCGCGUACCCUGUCUUUAUCGAGAAUGGGUUGGAGACGACGAAGCGACAGGUUGAGAAGACAAUGGUGGGGAGUGGUGGUGAUUUGGAUCUUACACCUGGUACGUGGGAUACAUUGCCUACUCUGAACCAUAUCGCGACUGGAUUCUCUGAUGUUCCUGUUUAUGGUGUUGUUAAGAGUAAGGUUGAGUAUGGAAGAGGCGUGGAUGAUAUUUCUCAUGCUAGAAGGGUUGACUAG